GUCGGUUCCCCUUUCGGCCGAGUUCCCCUCGUGAAAAUGGCGGAAGAAGAGGUAGUGGCGAAUACAGUGGAAGAACCACUAGAUCUUAUUCGUCUCAGCUUGGAUGAAAGGAUUUAUGUCAAGUUAAGAAAUGACAGAGAACUUAGGGGGAAACUACAUGUACGUAAUUCUUUACUUCUUUUCUUCUCUACCGUCUUAAACUUAGUACAGCGCGCUGCAGUCUGCAAUUAGCUUAAAUGUAAGUUUAUUAAGCAAGAGCUUAACUGAAAAAGUACAAAUCAGAGCUGAAUUGUACAUUUAUUAAACGGAAAAAUUAAGAACGAGGUAAGUGAUAUUCUUUGUAAAGUAAAUCUCGAUGAAAGCCCAUAUCUUGAAAGCGGUUAAAACCGUUAUUGCCAUUGAUCCUGGUGCCUUAGUGGAGUAAAGGUACUUAUUCUUCGGUUAGACAGUCACAGUAUUUCCACAGCACUUGUUGUGACUCAAUGUUUUAACUGUCUUACACCUCAAAACAUAUUGUAAGAGGUUGUGAAGACUUCAAAUUAGCUUAAAUUUUUGUCACAACAUUGUCAUUGGACAUUAGGCUGUGAAAACAGCUGCCAUUUCAUGACACCACCACUGGUUUCCUCAUGAAAUAUCGUCUAUAAGGCAAGAGCGCAGAAAUUCCAUACUGAUGAUGUAUCACUACCCAGAUCUGGGUAGUGCUUCUGAUUGGUCAUUGCAUACUGAAGCAUCAGAUGUCAUUUUGCGGGAAACGAGUGUUGAUGUCACAAAAUGUCAGCUGUUUUCUCAGGCUUUUUUGUCAUUAUCAUAUAUGUUUGUUUAUGUUCAAACUGUUUUCGCUGUUUGACCCAGAUCAUAACCAACAUUAUAAAAAAUAAGUGCACAUUGGCAUAACAGACUCUCGGGUUUGGAGUCACAGGAGAUGAAUAUUAACAAGAAUCCACUCAAUUAAGAUAACAGCAUUCAUUGGCCACAUGAUAGACCCUGGUGGUAAAAUUCGAGACCAAAACUCGAGCACUUUUAUACCCCAAGACUUCACCUGGAAAAAAAUUUUAGCCAUAGACUUAAAGUGCUGAAAAUUUCAAGUUUAUAUUACCCAUUAAAAAACCUAGAAAUUUGUGUCUCGCAAAAUUAAACCUCCUGAAUCUCUGAGUUAAGCCCUGAUGGGCAGAGGUUUCAGUCUUGCAAAUUAAAAAAUUGAUUGAUUACCAAUAUUAUUACCCAUAGUGGAUAUAUAUAGCCUGUGUCGCAGCCCGCCCAUGCUUGAUCUAGACCAUUUGUCCAGCAGAAUCCAGCAGAGUCACAAGGAUAUAUGUGAGAGUUUCUGAUAGGCAAGUUCUUAUGGGUUUCUUAUGUGCCUCACAAUUGGCCCAAUUCUUACUUGUGCUGGACAUGUCAGAAUUCACAGAAGCAGUGUUUACAGUAAAUUAUAAAAGAGCAGUUUGCACUUGAAAGCCUUCUUCUGAACAAAAAAGAAUACUUUGAGGGAAUUCCUUCUAAUGCCAAAAUUGGUUUGUAAAUAUGCUGACUGGUUUUCCAGCAUCUCCCAAUUGCUGCAGAUGCAAUGCCGCAUAUUUUGAAAUCUAGCUGACAGUUCUAGGGUCAAAACAAAUCAGGAAAUCAUGAUGUUAAAAAAAAAAUCAUGUAGCUGUUCAGGUCCACGCAUUUGGGAGAAAACCAAAGAACCUUAAGGUUAUUUAGUGGUAAUAAAAAGCUUAAGGCUUUAACCGAGGUAAAAGAAAACCAUUUAAUGUUAUUAACUGUAUCUGUGAUAAAAUCCUGUCCGAAAACAUCUGCAGAAACAUAAACCACAGGAACUAAUUACUCAAUAUGAAAGGGAAAAGACCAGCUCAAAGCGGCAAAAAUAAGGUUUUCUCUGUUAGAGGUUAGAAUACUCCACACACUGCAUAAUCUACGCUAUCAGAGAGGAAGCAAGAAAAACCUCUGUUGGUUAAGCUGACUCUCAGGUCAUGUUUCACACCAUCAUGAGCUCAUUCUCUCUUAUCACAAGCUAUGAGUCUUGUUUAGCCUGUGAACACUUUAUUUCAAAUCAGACUAAUUACAAACUGCCAAACUAGCCAAUCAGAAAUGCCGACAUUUGUCUUUGCAACUCUGAGGGAUUCAACCUUGAUAUUGUGCACUAAUUUGCUGUCGCUUUAUACCAUAGGUUUAGAGUGCCUGCGAUACAGGCUAGGAAUUUAAGGCUUUUACCGUUUUUCAUAAGUUGCAAGUGCUUAUUAGUUAUUUUGUUAAUGAAAUUUUUUUUUUCACUUGUAAUAUUAUUAUUAAAUGUGAUUUUUUAUACAGGCUUAUGAUCAGCACCUUAACAUGAUCCUGAGUGAUGUAGAGGAAACUAUAACAACUGUUGAAAUCGAUGAAGAAACAUAUGAAGAACUUUUCAAGGUAAAUUUAUCUACAAUAGAAUCAAAUAAUUAUAAAAGAAAUUAUAUAAUCUAAUUCUGUUCCAAUUACCUAGUCCAAUUGAAUUUAAAGUUUUUUGCUUUCCAACUUGUUGGUUCUUCUGCCUCAUCCAGUGUUGAGGUUAAUCUCCAAAUAACCCAGUGUUGGACACUAUAGUUGUUUUGUCUUCGGCAACAGUAAAAAAAGAAUGACUACACGAGUGUCAUUUGUGUAAAAAAAUGCAGGUGUUUGGGUAUCAAAAUCAUGGUGAUGCAUUUGUCUGUGUUACAGGAAAGUGAACUGCUUGUAAACUUCAAACCUAAUGCCUUGUCCUAGCUCCCUACAACACCAAGAAUAUAUAUGGUGUUCAAUACAUCAGCUUUCACAGCAGAGUCUCCAUUGUAGCCAAUCUGUGUUUAUUUUGCUAGAAUUUCCCUGAGACUGAAUAAAAAGCAGGAUGUGUAAAAAUAAUAACCAUGAAUCCACAACAAAUAACUCAGGCUGCAGAGGAAUUAUUUGUGUCUCAAUUCCAGUUAAAUUUUACGUACUUUGAUAGUGUAAAUCACCUUUGUUCAAAAUUAACUAUCAUGCGAUUUUGUUACAAAUCUGACAAAAUAUUAUCCAAUUCUCUGAAAAACUAUUGAAGGCAAUGAGUGCGGACAAAUUACAGUGACUUACAAAUAGUAAAGAGACUCCUUUUCUUCUUGGCACUUUGUGCCUUGCCUCCGCAUCUAUGGGCCUUACUUGUUUGGUCAGGAAAGCUUUGCUUUCUUAUGCAUUGCCCAAAGGGCUACACAUUCAUUCAUUUCCACUGAGCAUAGAGUAAUCUUUUGGUUAAUAAUGUAAUAUUUGAUUCUACAGUAAAAGGUCAAGGCUUUUUGCGCUAUCAACUGUAAAAUUUAACUGAAAUCAAGGUCAAAUUACUCCUCUGCGCCCUGUGCAAAUAAUAAGAAACCUAGGCCUAUACAGUAGUUUAUGUUUCAAACAAUGGAAACAACCCUUCCACCAUUAAUUUGUAAUUAUCACCAUUCAUCAAUAGUAAAGUUGAAUAAAAACUUUGAUGCCCCAUUUGUAAUGGAAGAAGAGAUUUACCUGUAAGAUAACUGUGGACUUUGUUUUCAACAGACAACAAAAAGGAAUAUACCGAUGCUAUUUGUGAGAGGUGAUGGUGUCAUUUUAGUUUCUCCACCAUUACGUGUGGGAUUAUAAAGACUGAAAGAAGUUGGCAGUCUAGGAAAUCUACCAAGCAGUCAAGGAGCAGUUCCUUCCAAAAAUAUUUAUUUUAUUGUUUUUUGAUGCUCUUCAGUGUUUUCUCUACAGACAUACAAUGUAAUUUAGUGAAAGAUGAAGUUUGGAAAAAAGUGCUGAUUAAAAUAAUGUUAUCUAGGGAAAUUGAGUAUCAUUCAGCGUACUUAGUCCUUGUUAUUAAAACUUCCUAGUACUUCUUCCAUGUACUUGUAGACAAACUACAGCUUUAUUUCUUGCACUCUGUUGUCUCAGGAAUUUAAUCAUAUAAAUAAAGCUCUGUUAAAAUUGAGUUAAGUGCUGUAGAGUUUUCAAUUAAAACUGCUAUUAGCACUGGGCCCA